AUGGCUGCUGAAGAGUACCUUCAGGAGCCAGCGAUUUUUGAAGAGGUGUCCGUGAGUCUCAUCGAGGAAAAGGAGUUCACGUUGGACCCUUACCUGUUCGCCCUCAAUGGGAAUAACAUCCAGCAGUAUUGCACCAUGCUGUCCUGGUUAGAAUUGCAGAAUCCCAAGCCUGAAAUGUUCUUGGAGUCAGAACAAGGCUUCACGAUGCCACUCUCGCUGGUCCAAAUUGCUGAGGAAUUUGAGGUUUUGCCAUGCUCGAACCCAGAUGAUGAGGUAACGCAAACGGAACAGUUUGAGCCCCCAUGGCAGGAAAGCACUCUGCCACUGGUACGGCUGCAGUAUGAUUUCGUGUUAGAAUCGGAAGGAGGCGUCCUCCAGAGAAAACCCUCCAGCGGCUUGACCCAUCUGCAGGCAAGGAACUACGAGUCUGUUUCCCAGGGGGGAAGCCUCCGUAUGUCUCCUGGGCUACCCAAAGGCCAUCCAGACGAGGAAGGGCUGAUGGGAGAUUUAGAUGCAGUGGUUCCGCAGGAAGAAAGCUCUCGGCAGCCAAUGUCGAUGUUCUUUACUGUGGUGGAACACACGGAAGGGAUCGUUCCCCAGGGACCUGAGCAGAGCAGUACCCAGGACGUCAGCCAAUUCAUCCCGCUGCCAGGAAGCAAUUCAAGAAAGGACGGGCGUUGCUGUGAUCGUGGUAUUGGGGAAACCGUGACCACGCAGGUCCACACCGGUGUGAAAAGUUACCCCAACUGCAACGUUGGGGAACGUUUUCCCAAGCCGUUGCGGAUUCAUAAGGAAGUUCCCUCUUUGUGUCCCAACUGCGGAAGGAAACUUAGUCUGAACCUAAACUCCUUUACCCAUCAGCUGCCCCCCUCCCAAGAGAAGCCCUCCCAAUGUCCCGACUGUGGCCACCGCUUUAGUUGCAGCGCAAGCAUUGUUUCUGGACACCCAAUUGACCCCGUGGAUGAGUGGGAGGGACUCUUCAGGCAGCUUAGCCUGGGGCCCCUUCCCAGCCAGACAGGCAGCCAGGUCGAGAAACCCUUCAAAUGCCCUGAUUGUGGGAAAGGCUUCAGCCACCGAUCAAGCAUCCCCAGGCACCAAAGGCUCCACAGGAAAGAAAACUCCUCUCCGAAUUUUGGCCAAGACCGACAUUCCGGUCCAGGCCUGAGCCACCUUCCCCACCUGAAGACCAAACCCAUUCAACUCCCCAAUGGUGGGAUCUCAGUCGGCAGCAGUGCCCAAAAGCCGAGCCACCUCCCCGACCAGAAUUCUUCAAACCCGCAUGGCAUCGGUGAGCAAGUCCCCUGCCUGGCUUCAGAGCCUGGUAAGGAUCAGGCCCCUGCGGAGAAGCCCUUUCUCUGCUCCCUCUGUGGGAAGCGGUUCGUAGUGAAGGCGACCAUGAUCAGACACCAGAUGCUGCACUCGGAGGAUCGGCCCUUCAAGUGUCUCUCCUGUGACAAAAGCUACAUUCAGAAGAGCCACUUGAAGAGGCAUGAGCAGCAGAAGCAUGCCAUGAGUCAGGAAGCAGGGAGCCACUUUUGA